UCGCUCAGUGACUGCGUCGAUUUCACAGCGUUUGGGUGUGUUUUUAUUUAGCUGCUCGUUCGAAAUUUCUCCAUGCGGACAAUUUAAUUUUGCCAACAAGUGAACUGAAAAAAGGGUAGAACUACAGCAAAAAACUAAUCGAAAAGAUUAACUGCACAUGCAAAUACAUAUACACAGCUGCGCGUGUGUGUUCGUCUACGUGUUUUUGUGUAUAUCUGUGCUCGUGCGUGAGCAAAAAGUAGAUACGCGAGUUGUAUAAUCGCCAAAACUUGUUGAAUUAUUCGCUGCCUCCCUCGCACUGCUGUGUGAGUGCAAAGAUACAUAAAGAAACUAAAGCGACAACAACAGCAACAACUGAGACGACGUCAUGCAGGCAAUCAAAUGUGUUGUUGUUGGCGACGGCGCCGUGGGCAAGACCUGCCUGCUGAUCAGCUAUACAACGAACGCCUUCCCCGGCGAAUAUAUACCGACUGUAUUCGAUAACUACUCAGCGAAUGUGAUGGUCGAUGCGAAGCCGAUUAAUCUCGGUCUAUGGGAUACGGCCGGACAGGAGGAUUACGAUAGGCUGCGACCUUUGUCCUAUCCGCAGACGGAUGUGUUUCUCAUUUGCUUCUCGCUGGUGAAUCCCGCCUCCUUUGAGAACGUACGCGCCAAAUGGUUUCCCGAGGUGCGCCACCAUUGCAACAAUGUGCCAAUUAUACUCGUCGGCACGAAGCUCGAUCUGCGCGACGAUAAGCAGACAAUUGAGAAACUAAAAGAUAAGAAGCUAACGCCCAUCACCUACCCACAGGGCUUGGCCAUGGCCAAGGAAAUAGCGGCGGUCAAAUAUUUAGAGUGCUCUGCCUUAACGCAAAAGGGUCUGAAAACGGUAUUCGAUGAGGCCAUACGCUCCGUCCUAUGCCCACCCAUACGCAAUACACGCAAACGCAAGUGCCUAAUUCUCUAAAUGGGUCGAGGGACAAUGGGAGGGGAAACAAAAAGAAGUAGAAAAAAAAACAGAAAGUGCAGCGAGCUGAGUAAAAGAGAGCGAACAAAGCUUGCAAAAGAAAAACAAAAAAAUGAUUCGCUUUAGUAACAGUAGCAAUUACAGUUACAUAUAUAUAAAUACGUAUAUGGCUGCGUGUGUGUGUGUGCGUGUGAGUAGGAGGCGACCCAUUGAUUGUCACGCACGAGAGCAAAGUAUUCAUAUUUGUUGGUGUUGUUCUAGUUGUAUCUGUGCGUGAGUGUGUGGGGGGCCAUAGUUGACAAACAUAAACAGCAUAUGUAUGUGUGUGUAGGCACAUGUGUCUAAACACAACGAAGUUCAGCAACAAAUUUGUAUGACAAAUGCGUUUAGAAUUUCCUUGGAAAUUCGAAUACAAAUAAAAAGCUAUAAUUAAUUGUAAAUAAAUCUAGAUGAUUUGAAGCGCAAACCAAUGCGCAAUGAUAACGGCUUCUAGACUACUCGCUUAUCAAAACGAACAAAUUUUUGUUGCACAUGCCUAUAAAUAAACACAGUAAAAAUGAAAAACCGAACCACAACAAAUUUGGCCCCUUUUCACACGAGCAACAAUUGAUACAUUUCAUUAUUAAAAUUAAACUUAAUUAUUAAACAUAAUUUAUAAUUAUUGUGCUUCCAAAUGUGUGCAAUAAACAAUAAAAAUAAUAUUAAUAAUUCAAUUGUUAUAUGUAAUCCUUUUU